CCUUUGCCUUCAUUGACAACACUCAUUGGCAACUUCAAGCAUCAAAAUUUAGAUUCAUUCGUUGAAUAUUUGAGAUUGUUCUUCUUCCUUCAAACAAGAGCAAAAAUGGGUUUCCGUUUACCUUCUAUUCGCAGGGCCUCAUUCAAGGCUAGCCAAGCAGCUUCAAAAUCUGCAGAAGUCCCAAAGGGCUAUCUUGCAGUAUAUGUUGGAGAGAAACAGAAGCGAUUUGUGAUUCCCGUAUCAUACCUGAACCAACCUUCAUUCCAAAAUUUAUUGAGUCAAGCUGAGGAAGAGUUUGGAUAUGAUCAUCCCAUGGGUGGCCUCACAAUUCUUUGCAGUGAAGAUAUCUUCCAACAUAUAACUGCUCACUUGAAUGGACAAUAAAUCUCACACUUAGAGACACUCUGCACUAUAGGCAUCUUCUCUAACUUGUAACAAUUGUUACCAAUUUUUGAGUAAUGAAAAUGAAUUCAAUUCUAGAGUA